AUGCCUAAGCCGCUACGCCCUGGGAUAUAUGCACCGACACAAGUAUUCUACAAGACAGGCAGCGACGAACACCUUGACGAAGAAGUCAUUGGCAAACAUGCCGUUCGACUCGUAAAAGCCGGAAUUGCAGGAAUCGUAACCAACGGAUCAAAUGGAGAAGCUGUAUAUCUCAGCGACGAAGAGCGCCUGGCUGUCACACGCAUCACAAGGGCUGCCCUUAACAGCGCUGGCUUUUCUGAUCUCCCCAUCAUAGUCGGCGCGUCCGAUCAAUCGAUCCAGGGAACAAUUCGAUUAUGUGAAGAUGCUGCCGACGCAGGCGGCGACGCAGUCCUAGUAAUGGUACCCAGUUUCUUCAAAUGGGCCAUGGACAAACCAACCAUCGAGGACUUCUUCGUCAAAGUUGCCGACAAGAGCCCCCUCCCUGUCAUCAUAUACAAUUACCCAGGUGCUGUUGCAGGAAUUGAUCUAGAUUCAGACCAAUUGAUUCAACUCGCGGAGCAUCCCAAUAUUAUUGGCACAAAAUUUACAUGCGGCAGUGUCGGAAAGCUCGCUCGAGUGGCAGAAGCAACAUCCCCCGUUUCCGAAGCCUUCAAAUCAUCUUCAGCAACACCUUACUUUGCAUUUUCUGGUGUAGCCGACUUUAUUACCCCUUCCGUCGAGGUUGGCGGCAGUGGUGCCAUCGUGGGUGCAGCGAACGUCUUUCCUCGGGCGUGUGUGAAUGCGUAUAAUUUGGCUGUGAGGGGGAAGAGGGAGGAUGCUAUGAAGGCGCAGCUUGAGCUUGCCAAGGCGGAUUGGGAGCUGACGAAGCGGGCCGUUCCUGGGUUUAAAGCGAUUUUGGAGAAGUGGUUUGGGUAUGGUGGUAUUCCGAGGGGUCCAAUGCGAGCUUUGGAUGAGGUUGAGAAGGAGAGUUUGUUUGCUGAUGUGGCGUGGAUGAUGGAGGUUGAAGCACGAUUGGAGUCUGUAUAG